UACUGUUUCGCGACGCCGCGUCAUCACGCUGUAAAUACGCGUUGGUAAACUUGUGAGCGUCCGCUCAGUGUCACGUGACUCACGUCGUCAUUUUGUUUUCUUCCGGCUUGUAGCAGCUCGGUGAUGAAAUCAAGUGAAACCAAAUCAGUUUAUAAGCUGAAUAAUCCGACGUGGCGUGUCUCUGAGCCGACAGUGCUGUGGGAAAGCCCGCUGCUUGUGACUGGAAGUUUGGGAUAAAGACAGCGGAGCUCCAGGCCGCGAAGGGACAGCGCCGGCCAGCCGAGGCGGCGCGGCUUCAUCCGUGUCUCCGGCUUUCUCGCUCCGCUCGCUCCGAGAUGCGUAACAGACAGCGAGGUGUUAGUCUCGGCCUUCUGUUGCUGGCUUCUCAGGUGUUCCAGCUGGGAAUAGACAACAUUCCCCCUGUCACAUUAGCAACACUGGGCCUCAAUGUCUACCUCUUUCUUUUUCCUCUUAAGCCCCUUCUUCAGACGUGUGUGAGCGUGCAGCAGGCUUACUGGAAAGGAGACUGGUAUCGUCUCCUUUUGUCCCCGUUCCAUCAUGUGGAUGACUGGCACCUCUAUUUCAACAUGGUGUCAUUGCUGUGGAAAGGAAUUAAACUGGAGACCAGGUUGGGCGGAGCUUGGUUUGCUUACCUGCUGUCUGUCUUCUCUCUGCUCACUGGAUUGGUCUACUUGCUCCUGGAGGCGGGACUCGCACAGUUGACCGAGGAUCAGUCCUUUGCCAUGCAGUGUGCUGUGGGUUUCUCAGGUGUACUGUUUGGGUUAAAAGUGGUGAAUAAUCAUUAUAAUCCGGGUGAAGUGAAAUACAUCAUGGGAGUGCCUGUGGCCAGUCGCUAUGCCUGCUGGGUGGAGCUUAUCCUCAUUCACAUUAUGAACCCGGGGACCUCAUUUGUGGGCCACCUGGCUGGUAUCCUGGUUGGGCUGCUCUACACUGCUGGGCCACUCCAGUCACUCAUGACAACAUUUGCAGGUUUUGUAAGCUCUAAUAGAAACUAUGGCAGGCCUUACACGUACUAUAAUUCUUCAGGAUACAGUGGAUACGGAAUGCCAUACCCUCCACGCGGUUCGCCGUAUUAUGGACAGGGCCCAUAUGGCUCCUACAACUCUAACACCUCCUACAGGGAGCAGUAUAGCACAAACGGGCCGUCUGCACCACCUCAGCAUCCAUACUCGGCUGGGCUAUCGGAAGAAGAGCAGUAUGAGGCGGCCAUAAGGGCCAGCCUUCGCGACCAAGGGGGCUCCACUCAAACCAGACCAUCCUAUGGAUUUAAUGUCAACUCUGACCCACCAAUUGAAGAACUGCGCCAACGCCGACUUCAGAGGUUUGACAGCUGAAGUGUUCUUAAAAUAUUAGAACAAUGUUUACAAGUUACAAAGGCGUGAUUGAAACGACCAAGCCAAAGGAUUAAAGGACGAUUCUGUGGCUGAAGAUGGCAUUCAUUGACGCUGUGAUGUCAUCACUGGCCACCUUCUGAAUGACACAUUUUGGUGUAAAACCACUUUACAGAACCCAUCUACCGUUUGCUAGACCACUUAUCAGCAACACUGCAUUUGUAUGUAUGUACGCAGUGGUAUUUACAGCUAACUAGUCAUAUAGUCAUAAGUAACUUUUCAUUAUGGCAGGAUAAAUUACUCUGAACAAGCUUUCCUGGAAUAAUAUUUAAAAUGCCUUAAGCCAACUUGUCCUGUUACUGGGAAUUCUACAGUUGAGAUCUUUUGUAUGGACACUUAUCCAGUGUCUCUGAUGCUGUGCACUUUGCCAAUCUGCGGAUUUAAUCGCCUUCGUGGUGCGUUGGGGUGUCAAAUGAAUGUAUGCAAUAAUGAAUUUAUGCGUAGUUGACCAUUUUAAGUGAAGGUAUUCUGGUAAUGCUAUGAUGUGCCUUUUUUUUAAAGGCACUGAGAGAUACAGGGAUGGAUGUGACUUUGCUUAGCAUUUCACAAACAGCAGUAAUUGGUAAAUGGUCAAUUAUUUCUUGGUAUUAUGAAAGGUUAUUUUUGUAAACAGAGAAUAAAUCCUACAUUCUGUA